AGUGUACACCACGGUUUGCAUCAACAUGGCGCACAGUAGCCUGCCCGCGACCAUUGAGCGUCCCCCCGCCGCCCAGUCGCACGGCCUGUGACGUACUGAAUUCGACUACCAUUUUGCUCCGCUACCGUCGUCGCAAUGCCCUCCCGCCAGCGGCGAACCCUCCUGCCCACGGAGACUGCUAUUAUAUAUACCACUGAACUUCUGCUCCUACCUCUUCACAGCAACCUCUCAGACUCCAACUUGGUCAAUCUUCUUACCCACACACUUCUCUACCAAGACACUCAACUUCCACUUCACCAUGUCUGAGCCCGAGUUUGAGCAGGCCAGGAAGGAGCUCGUCUCCACCCUCGAGGCCUCUUCCCUCUUCACCAAGAACCCCGAGUACAAGAAGGCCCUCGAGGUAGUCUCUAUCCCCGAGCGCAUCAUCCAGUUCCGCGUCGUCUGGGAGAACGACAAGGGCGAGUGCCAGGUCCAGAAGGGCUACCGCGUGCAAUUCAACUCUGCACUCGGUCCCUACAAGGGCGGUCUCCGUUUCCACCCCACUGUCAACCUGUCUAUCCUGAAGUUCUUGGGCUUUGAGCAAAUCUUCAAGAAUGCCCUCACGGGACUCAACAUGGGUGGUGGCAAGGGGGGUUGCGACUUUGACCCCAAGGGCAAGUCCGACAAUGAGAUCCGCAAGUUCUGUGUUGCCUUUAUGAGGGAGCUCAACAAGCACAUUGGUGCCGACACCGACGUUCCUGCGGGCGAUAUCGGCGUAGGAGGCCGCGAGAUUGGCUACCUCUUUGGCGCAUACCGAGCGGAGCGCAACCGCUGGGAGGGUGUCCUUACCGGCAAGGGAGGCUCGUGGGGAGGUUCGUUGAUCCGCCCCGAGGCCACUGGCUACGGUCUUGUCUACUAUGUUGAGCACAUGAUCAACUACGCCUCGGGCGGAAAGGAGUCAUUCGCCGGCAAGCGCGUCGCCAUCUCCGGUUCCGGAAACGUCGCCCAGUUUGCUGCCCUCAAGAUCAUUGAGCUUGGUGGUACUGUCAUCUCCCUUAGUGACAGCAAGGGUGCUUUGAUCGCAGACGACGACAAGGGCUUCACCCCAGAUGUCAUCAACCAGAUUGCUGCUCUUAAGCUGGAGCGCAAGGCGCUUACUGCCCUUGGGAACCACAGCUACAGAUACGUCGAGGGUGCUCGCCCAUGGAAGGAGGUCAAGAAGGUCGACGUUGCUCUUCCAUCAGCGACCCAGAAUGAGGUCUCCGAGGACGAGGCCAAGGCACUCAUCGAGUCCGGUGCCAAGUUCAUUGCCGAAGGCUCCAACAUGGGCUGCACACAGGAGGCUAUCGAGGUCUUCGAGGCUCACCGUCGCGAGAACAAGGGCAGCGCCAUCUGGUACGCCCCCGGAAAGGCUGCCAACGCCGGUGGUGUCGCGGUCUCUGGUCUCGAGAUGGCCCAGAACUCUCAGCGCCUGUCUUGGUCCGCCGAGGAGGUUGACGAGAAGCUCAAGGGCAUCAUGAAGGACUGCUUCGAGAACUGUCUCAGCACCGCAAAGGAGUACUUUACCCCUGCCGACGGCGAGUUCCCAUCCCUUGUCGGUGGUGCCAACGUUGCUGGUUUCCGCAAGGUCGCUGCUGCCAUGCACGACCAGGGUGACUGGUGGUGAAGACUUCGCCACUGAUUUGACCAUCUUUUGUACUUUUGUAUACCUUACGAUACCUUUAUAUUGGAUAUGGCGUUUGCUGGUUUUAGCCUUUGUACAUAGAUACCUCUUAUGAGUAGAACAAUUACGAUUCAAACAAUACCUUCU